AUGGUCCAGCAUUUGACAUACCAUCAUAGGCUUUCCUACAACAUAGCCUCUAACAAAACCAGGCUGUCCCAAACCCCUGGUAAUAUAAUUGUUUACCUUUAUACCAAGAAGGUUGGGAAAGCACCAAAUUCUGCAUGUGGUGUGUGCCCAGGCAGACUUCAAGGUGUUUGUACUGUGAGACCUAAAGUUCCUAUGAGAUUGUGGAAAACAAAAAAACAUGUCAGCAGGGCCUGUGGUGGUUCCAUGUGUGUUAAAUGUGUUCAUGACAAGAUCAAGCGUGCUUUCCUUAUUGAAGAGCAGAAAAUUGUUGUAAAAGUAUUGAAGAGUCAGAAAGCUAAAUAA